AUGCCCGCGUUGUUAUCCUGCUCGAGAAGAUCUCCGCCGUCCGUUGGUCGAGUUUUGCGGCUCAUCAAACGGCUACAGAUCCACGGAUUCUCUUCUCGGUCGUCGUCUUCGUUCCCGGAAUCUUCUUCGCCGUCAAGUUUUCUUCCCGGCGUCGGCCGGUCGAAGCGUGGUGGUUCCGUCGGCCCUCUUGCUAAGUGGAUCGCUGGAAUCGCUGCCUGUUCCGGCUUAGGGUUUGUGUAUUGGUCCUGUGGUUACGAUUCGAGCUCUGGUUUGUUCCGUGGAAAGACGUUUCUGCCCUUCUCUGCCUUCUCGGCGGCGUCUGAAGCCGGUGAGGAUACGGUGGAUGAUCUGGGAUCGGGAUCAUUCUUUCAGAAAUUGGCGGUGCCUGAUUACAGCUCUCGAUUUAUUGUCGGAGACGCUUUCAGGAGGAAAGUCUUUUUCAACUACGAGAAGCGCUUGAGAUUGCAGAGUCCGCCUGAAAAGGUUUUCGAGUACUUUGCAUCAGUUAGAACAGCGGAAGGGGAACGGAUGAUGAAACCUGCAGAUUUGAUGAGGGCGAUUGUUCAGGUGUUUCCACCGUCGGAAUCCCAUCUGAUAAGGGAAGGACAUUUGAACGGGGAGAGGAGUCCUGGUGAGUUAAGAUGUUCUCCUUCCGAGUUUUUCAUGCUGUUUGAUGUCGACAAUGAUGGGCUUAUCUCCUUUAAAGAGUACAUAUUUUUCGUGACGUUACUCAGCAUACCUGAAUCGAGUUUUUCCGUGGCUUUCAAAAUGUUUGAUCUCAACCAUAACGGGGAGAUUGACAAGGACGAAUUCAAGAAAGUAAUGAGUUUGAUGAGAUCUCAGCAUAGACAAGGAGUUUUCCACAGAGAUGGUCUUCGUACAGGAUUUAAGACAUCUGGUUCUGUCGAGGAUGGUGGCUUGGUAGAAUACUUCUUCGGAAAAGACGGGAACGAAAAACUCAAACACGACAAGUUCGUCCAGUUCAUGAGAGACCUAACCGAUGAAAUGCUCAGGCUAGAGUUUGCCCAUUAUGACUACAAAGGAAGAGGAACCAUAUCGGGCAAAGAUUUCGCACUGUCAAUGGUUGCUGCCGCUGAUUUGAACCAUUUGGGCAAACUGCUUGAUCGAGUUGACGAACUCGGCGACCACCCUCAUCUUCAUGACAUCCGCAUUUCUCUGGACGAAUUCAAACAGUUCGCUAAGUUACGGAUAAAACUGGGACAGUUUUCCAUGGCCCUUUUCACGUGCGGGGAAGCAAAUGGUCUAUUGACAAUGGAGGACUUCAAACGAGCAGCGGCUCAUGUAAGGCAUCUAAAAACUCGUUCUCGGACUUGAAGCAUUUUGCGAAACUUUCAACGUGGGAUAUGCCACAUGUAUGCGAUGUAUCGUUGUCAGAGAAUGUGGUAGAGAUUGCGUUCUACGUGUUCGAUUCGAACA